CAACUGCAGUAAAAUUCCAAUAAUUCCGAACUUCAAAAUAUCGUCAUUCGCUCUAUAAAUAGCCAUACUUCCAUCCCUUCAUAUGCACAACUCAACAGUUUCUCCUUCAAUCUCCAAAUAUGAAACACUCUCUCACUCUCUUCACCGUCCUCGCUCUCCUUCUGGCCACCGGAAAAUCUGUUUCCGGCCAGAACUGCGGCUGCGCUCCCAACCUCUGCUGCAGCCAAUACGGCUACUGCGGCUCCACCAACGAGUAUUGCGGCCCUGGCUGCCGCUCAGGGCCAUGCUUCGGCUCGGGAAAUAAAGUUGGUGAUAUAGUUACCGAUAGUUUCUUCAAUGGCAUUGCUAAUCAGGCCCCGGCAGGCUGCGCUGGAAGGGGAUUCUACACACGCGCCGCCUUCCUCCAAGCAGCUCAGUCCUACCCACAAUUCGGUACCACCGGCUCCACCGAAGUUGUUAAGCGGGAGAUCGCCGCGUUCUUCGCUCAUAUCACCCAUGAAACUGGACAUCUAUGCUACACAAGAGAGAUCAACCAAGCUAACCGCUAUUGCGAUAGCAACAAUAGACAAUGGCCAUGUGCACCGGGCCAGAGCUACUUCGGCCGAGGCCCAUUACAACUCUCAUGGAACUACAACUAUGGUCCAGCCGGCCGAGCUAUAGGCUUUGAUGGAUUAAACAAUCCUGAUAUCGUGGCCAGAGAUAAUAUUAUAUCGUUCAAGACCGCAUUGUGGUUCUGGAUGAAUAAUGUGCACGCGAUUAUCACAUCUGGCCAGGGUUUUGGAGCAACGAUUAGGGCUAUUAACAGCAUCGAAUGCAACGGGGCGAAUCCGGCCACUGUGACUGCUCGUGUUAAUUACUACACAAGCUAUUGUAGCCAACUUGGGGUUAAUCCCGGGGGUAAUCUUCGUUGUUAGAGAAGCUUAUCCUAGUAAUUAAGUGUGGCCUCUGAUCACUCUUGUGUGAGCUAAUAACAGGCCUCCUGGAAUAAAUGUAAUUUGAUAAAUGUGAGUGAUAAUUAAUGGUGUGUUUGAACUAAA